CUCCUCUUGCCGUUCUUCUCUUCCCACCAUGGCGCAAUUCAUCCCGUCUCUCCGGGACUCGCCAGUCACCGAACCGGACGCCGCCAAGCGGAACAUCCUCGUCACCUCGGCCCUUCCCUACUGCAACAACGUGCCUCACCUCGGCAACAUUGUUGGCUGCGUCCUCGGCGCCGACGUGUAUGCUCGCUUUUGCCGUGCUCGCGGCUACAACACGCUCUACGUUUGCGGAACUGACGAGUACGGCACUGCUACCGAGAACAAGGCCCGCGAAGAGGGUGUGAGUCCGAAGGAGAUCUGUGACAAGUACCAUGCCAUUCACGCGCAGGUCUACGAGUGGUUCAACAUCAAGUUUGAUACGUUUGGCCGGACGUCGACGCCUAAGCAGACCGAGAUCGCGCAGGACAUCUUCAACAAGCUGCACUCUGCCGGCCUCACCCUCGAGCAAGAGGUGACACAGCUGUACUGCGAGGCGUGCGCCAAGUUUCUGGCUGACCGCUUUGUCGAGGGCACCUGCCCCAAGUGCGGGUACAACAACGCCCGCGGCGACCAGUGCGACGGCUGCUCGUCACUUCUCGACCCGACCGACCUUGUCGAGCCCAAGUGCAAGGUCUGCUCCAAGACGCCCAAGCCGCGCUCGUCGCAGCAUGUCUUCCUCGACCUGCCCAAGAUCGAGCCGGACCUCCGCGCUUGGCUCGAGUCGGAGCCGCAGAAAAACGGCUGGCCCGACAACGCGAUCUCGACCUCGCUCGGCUUCCUCAACCGCGGCCUGCAGCCGCGGUGCAUCACCCGCGACCUCUCGUGGGGCACUCCGGUUCCGCUUCCCGGCUACGAGAACAAGGUCUUCUAUGUCUGGUUCGACGCACCCAUCGGCUACAUCUCCAUCACUGGCAACUACCUGCCCGAGACCUGGGAAGCGUGGUGGAAGGCGCCCAAGUCCGACGAUGCGCCCCAGGUCGAGCUCCGUCAGUUUAUGGGCAAGGACAACGUGACCUUCCACGCCAUCAUUUUCCCGUCGACGCUCCUAGGCUGCGCCCAGGCUGGCGACAAGUACAACCUCGUCCAUCAUCUCGCCUCGGUCAACUACCUGCAGUACGAAGACUCCAAGUUCUCCAAGUCGCGCGGGACCGGCGUCUUUGGCGACAACGUGCAGACCACAGGCAUCCCGCCCGCCGUCUGGCGCUACUACCUCAUGGCGCUCCGUCCCGAGCGCUCCGACUCGGCCUUUGUGUGGGACGAGUUUGUCGCCCGCAACAACAACGAGCUUGCCGCCAACCUCGGCAACUACGUCAACCGCGUCCUCAAGUUUGCCAAGGCCAAGUUUGACGGUGUCGUGCCGGCCUCGGGCCCGCCCACCGAGCUCGAGACCACCUUUGAGGCCGAGGUCAACGCCCGCCUCGCAGAGUACCUCGAGGCUAUGGAGCAGUCGCAGCUCCGCGCCGGCCUCGCCGCCGCUAUGGCGCUCUCCUCGCUCGGCAACAAGUACCUGCACGACGGCGCCCCGUGGGCUGUCAUCAAGACCGACCCGGCCCGCGCCGGCGCCAUCAUUGCCAACGCCGCCAACUACAUCUACUUCCUCGCCGCUGUCUUUGCGCCCUUCCUCCCCUCCAUCUCCUCGCGCAUGCUCCACCAGCUUGGCCUCGUCGACAACCCCACCCCGGACCUCGCCGACGAGCUGCACCCGGUCAUUCCGGACGCCUAUGCCCUCGCCGACGCCGUCCUCCCGGCUGGCCACGUCUUUGGCGUCCCCGAAGUUCUCUUUGCCAACAUUCCUGAGGACCGCAUCGCCGAGCUCCGUGCCCAGUUCUCCGGCAAGCAGGCCGACGACGCCGCGCCGUCCGGCGACGCUGCCGGCGCAUCGGCAUCCGCCGCCGCCGGUGGCGUCGCUGUCGACGCCGCCCGCCUCGCAGACGCCAUCGCCACCCAGGGCGGUGUCGUUCGCUCGCUCAAGGAGGCCUCCGAUGGCUCCGAUGAAGCCAAGGCCAAGGUCUCGGCCGCCGUCAAGGUCCUUCUCUACCUUAAGAACCUCCAUGCCCAGGUCACCGGCGACGACGGCAAGUCCAAGAAAAAGGGCAAAGGCAAGGGCGAUAAGAAGGCCGGCAAGGCCGGCAAGAAGAAGGGCGGCAAGGUCUCCCGCGCCCCGCAGGACCCCAACGCUUGCCCGCUCGACCUCGCCAUCGGCACCGUUGUCUCGUGCGUCCCGCAUCCCGACUCGGACAAGCUCCUCGUCAUGAAGGUCGACAUCGGCGAGGCCGACGGCCCGCGCGACAUCUGCGCCGGCCUGGCCAAGUCAUACGCACCCGACCAGCUGAUCGGCCGCUCGUUUGUCGUCCUCGCCAACAUCAAGGCCGCCAAGCUCGGCGGCUUCCCUUCGGACGGCAUGAUGCUCGCUGCUGCUGCCGCCGACCCGGACGCCCCUGCCGACGCACCCUCCGAGAUCGUCGCCCUCCUUGUGGCCGACGGCGACGCUGCCCCCGGCUCCCGCGUUCUUGGUGCCGGCCAGGUCCCGCGCGUCCUCGAAGGCUACGCCAAGCUCCGCAAGAAGGCUGUCUCCAAGGUCAAGAUGGCCACCGCUGCCGACGGCGGCGUCCUCAUCGACGGCCUCGCCCUCGCCACCAUCGACGGCGUCCGCAUCGUUCCCGACCCCACCGUCAACGGCAUCGGUCCUGACGUCCCGGUCUGCUAAACUCGCAAGCUGUGUG